CAUUGCCUUCUUAGUAUGCUUCCCUUACAUUUCCACAGGGUUUUAAUUCGCUCCUAAUGAACAAUACAUAUUCUGGUCCAUACUAUGGUCCAGCUAUCCCCUCAGGACAACCGCUGGCACCUGACUCACCGCCGCUCAGUCAACCUAGCUCCCACAGACACAACAAAGCAGCCCUUUCCGCGCAUGCCCAGUAGGACGCAUCGGCUGGGUGAGUCAGUGCGCAGGCGCGGGCCCUUCAGCAGCCAGAGGACUGCGCUGUGCAAUCGGCUGCGGGCCUUAUUAUCACCUCCCCCGGUGACAGCAACAGCAGCAGCUCCUUCUCAGAAGUCUCUGGCCAGGCCUGUAAACAAAGCCUCCUGUUCUGCUGGCACUUGUGGACGACCCAGGUUGCAUCAGCUCGCUGUAUAUCACCAUGGCAAUAGAGAUCCAGUGCCGGAGAGGGGGGUCCUGAUCUCCUCCUCUUCUUCUAGGGGAUCUGUCACCCCUUCCAUCCAAAGCUACAUUCCCCCCUCUUACUCCUAUCAUGCAGCAGGGAGGACGGGAGUGCUGGGAUCAGCAGCCCAUGCAAGUGACCCUCAGGAGCCUGAUCCUCAGCAGCAGGGAGGUUGACAGGAGAGCAGCCCUUCUCUUCCAGCUGGCCUUGAGUUCUUGAUUUGUCCCCCUUUCCUUACACCCAUCUGUCAUAAAUUCUUCAUCUUCAACACCUGAUCGCGCGAUUGUCGGCCGAUCCGGGGAUUUACUAUGGAGUCGGUUGGGAACUUUGAGUUCAGUAGGAAGGAUCUGAUCGGCCAUGGAGCCUUUGCUGUGGUGUUCAGAGGCAGGCACAAAGAGAAGCAGGAUUUGGAGGUUGCUGUAAAAUGCAUCAAUAAGAAAAAUCUGGCCAAAUCUCAGACGCUUCUAGGGAAGGAGAUCAAAAUCCUGAAGGAGCUGAAACAUGAAAAUAUCGUGGCCUUGUACGACUUCCAGGAGGUGGCAAAUUCCGUGUACCUGGUCAUGGAGUAUUGCAAUGGUGGGGAUCUAGCAGAUUACCUGCACACAAUGCGGACCCUGAGCGAGGACACCAUCCGACUAUUUCUUCAGCAGAUUGCCGGAGCGAUGAAGAUGUUGCACAGUAAAGGCAUUAUACACCGUGAUCUGAAACCCCAGAACAUCCUUCUGUCCUGCACAGGUGGUCGCAGGUCCAACCCCAACAAUAUCCGCAUUAAGAUAGCUGAUUUUGGGUUUGCAAGGUAUCUGCAGAACAACAUGAUGGCAGCAACUUUGUGCGGAUCUCCCAUGUAUAUGGCACCUGAGGUAAUUAUGUCCCAGCACUAUGAUGCCAAGGCUGAUCUGUGGAGCAUUGGCACUAUCAUCUACCAGUGCCUGACUGGCAAGGCUCCAUUCCAGGCCAGCAGCCCUCAGGAUCUCCGUCUCUACUAUGAAAAGAACAAGACCCUCAUACCCAACAUCCCUCGAGAAACCUCAAGUCAUCUGAAGCAGCUUCUUUUGGGGCUUUUACAGAGGAACCAGAAGGACCGGAUGGACUUUGAUGAAUUCUUUCACCAUUCGUUUCUGGAUGUGGGCUCCUCCAUGAAGAAAUCUGCGCCUGUGCCAAUGCCGUCAUAUCCCAGUUCAGGCUCAGGAAGUUCUUGCAGCAGUUCUUCCACAUCACAUUUGGCGUCUCCACCUCAAUCCUUAGGUGAAAUGCAGCAACUACAGGAAAAAACCCUGGUCUCACCUAUCCCUGAUUCUCCAGGAUUUCUUCAAGGUUCAAAGGAAUCUGCAGGGAGCAGCAGCAAGAACUCCUCUUGUGACACUGAUGAUUUUGUGAUGGUGCCUGCACAAUUUCCAAGUUCUCAAGGAGAUAUCGCAGAAGCUACGACAAGCAAGCCCAUCCAAGAUACUUUAAUGUAUAGCGGUUCUCUGCUGACAUCUGCUGGUCUGGAGAGCCGGGCUCGAACACCUUCACCAACACUUCCAUAUAGCUGCUCCCCAAGUCCAUCCCGAUUGCCUCAGGCAUCAGCUAGUAGAUAUGGUCAGUCUGUGCCCAUUCCAGUACCAACUCAAAUCGACAAUUAUCGGAGGAUUGAGCAGAAUUUACAGUCACCCAAUCAGUACACACCACAAAGAUCUGGCAUGGUGCGGAAGUCCAACAGUGCCAGCCCCCUUAAUUUCAUGAGAGCAGGAACAUCCCCUCCUUUCCCUAUCGAAACUGCUUCUGCACCAACAACGCGGAGGCUCUCUUUUGGAGGAGCAAAAGCAUUCAUUCCCUCUCCUCAAGUGGGCACCAUUCCAGAGCAGCCUGGGCAGGACAUCAGCAGAAGUCCUGGGGGAGCAGAACCGAGAAACAGGAGCCCUGAUUAUGGUAUUCCAGUCCCUGCACAGAAUUCUAGAAUGGGAUCUCGUCUUAACAGUGCUCCAAACUUGUCUGACCUACAACCAAGCAGACAGAAGAUUAAGAAACAGCUGUCAGAUCCUGUAAUACCUAGAGAUGUCUUCACAAAGCCAAGUUCCCCCCAGCAGAUCCAUGGCUUACAGUCCACCCGACCUCUCAGAUCAUCCCCCAAGUUGUCUGAAUUUAUGCAUAGGAGCCCCCUUCCAACUAUACUGGGUUCACCCACAAAGAGCAUAUCACCAUUUGAGUUUCCAAGGGGAACCAGUACCCAGAAUCUGCUGACUCUUCUCACUCACCAAGGGGUGAUAGGCCCACCAACCCGAAACAAGACGCUUCCUGACCUGAAGAAUGUAGGACAGUACCAGUGCCAGCAGACUGGCCUAGGGAUGCGUCCUGUGGAGGACAUGAAGGGGCCAUUUGGCAGGUCACUCAGCACUGGAAGACUCACUGACCUCCUGCUGAAAGCAGCAUUUGGGACACAGGCUCCGGACGUCGGCAGUACAGAUAGCCUCAAUGCAGAGAAACCAAUGGAGAUAGCAGCUCCUUUAAUUGGUUAUGGAGGGAACCUGCACAGUGGGGCACCAAGGUCUAUCAGUCCGGCUCCGGUCAUUUUUACAGUGGGUUCUCCUCCGGAUGGCAUGACUCCUCCUCAGGCAACACGCACACAACUCUUCUCUGUGGGAUCAUCCAGCUCACAGAGCUCUGCUGGCUCAUACACUGGAAGACAUCUUGUGGUUGGCGCAGGGGGUGAAACAUUUGAAGCCCCAUCAAGCCUUAGAUAUGCAUUUUCCGACACUGGGAUGGCAAAUGCUGAAGGCAUUGUAAUGUUUGAAGUGCCUGAGCUUCCUGAAGAGACGCUGAUGGAGCAAGAGCACACAGACACACUACGCAGCCUCCGAUUCACACUUGCCUUUGCUCAUUCUGUUAUGGAAAUCGCCAGUCUAAAAGGGAGUCCUGUGGACGUCAGCGCUGCUGCCACAUCCGAGUUCCAAAUGCAAGAGAGUGUUGUGGCAGAUCAGAUUAGCCUCCUAAGUCGAGAGUGGAGUUACGCAGAACAGCUGGUUCUCUAUCUGAAAGCAGCACAACUUCUCUCAAUUGGGCUUCAGACUGCCAUGGAGCAGGUCAAGACUGGAAAACUGUGUCUGUCCUCUACAGUUAAACAGGUGGUGAAGAAGCUGAAUGAUCUGUACAAAUCGUGCGUGUCUUCCUGUCAUUGCCUGAAUGUGCGGCUUCAAAGGUUCUUUGCUGACAAACAGAAGCUUAUGGACCGGAUCAACAGCAUCACGGCAGAAAAGCUCAUCUUUAGCUAUACGGUCCAGAUGGUGCAGUCAGCAGCCUUAGAUGAAAUGUUUCACCAUCGGGAAGACUGUGUGCAGAGAUAUCACAAAGCUCUGCUCUUGAUGGAUGGAUUGCUGAACUUCAUGACUGACCAGGCGGAUAUAGAGAAUAUCAGCAAAUGUAAACUUUGUAUAGAGCGCCGACUCUUUGCACUUCAAGGCAGCAUUUGUGCAUGAGCCCUAGAUGUUUUCCUGUCACAUUUCCUCUAAUUUUGGAAGAAAAAAAAGCAUUGCCAGCACUAUGUACAGUUUCAAGCAUUUCCAGCUGUCAGAGAUGAAUCCUAUAAAACAUCAGUUCUCUCUAUGUUAUGGAGACCCUUCCCCUUUAAACAUUCUCCUGCACACAUUUAUGUGACGGGAUCUUCUGAUGAAGAACGCUUGGAGAACACUUCAUAGAAUUUCUUUAUGCUGUAGUAACAAAAAAGAUGGUAUGCAUUCUUUAAGGACAUGAAUGGCCAAGACUGCAUUCAAAGUAUGACAUUGUGGAGAGUGUCCAGCUUGGUGUAAAAAUACUGUAAAAUAUUCCAUGUAAGCCAAAAAGGAUCUGUCUAGUGGUACAACCAAGGCUGAUGACACAUUUACUCUUUAUACAGUGAUAUAGUCUGACCAGGAAGCCGCCAUGUCACUGUUUCCACCGUUGAUCUGCCCUUAGAGUUCCCCUCCUCAUCUGGCUCUGAACAUCACAGGGUACAUUUCUGAAAUCGCCAUGCAAUACCUUGCAACGCUUGUCGUUACAUUUUCUGCAGAUCUCCCAUGAUUAUCUAGUUUGCACAGUUCCAAAGAAGCUGUUAUGUUGGUUGGAUCCUUGCUCUCAAUUACAGAGAACUAAUAUAGCUUAUGAAUGAUGGAGAACUCUCAGAACCAUCAACCAGGAAAAUGGAGUAAUUACUUUCUAUUACUUGCCAAGGCUCGGAGAGUUUGGAGUUACCUUUGCACAGAACAGAGUUUUUCUCAUGGACUUUACACACUGUGCCCGCCGCAGGCUAUGAACUGUUCCAAGGAUUUGAAAUGAUCUAGUUGUUCAUUUAUAUUUCUUUUCCUUAAGCCUGCUAGACGUACGUGACAACGUCCUUAUGUAGCAAAUACAACUGUAUCCAGGGGACAGAACAGUGUCAUGGUGCAGUUCUGAAUAAUAGCAUUUCCCUGCAUGUUCUCUUUAUAAAUAGUUUUUUUUUCUUGCACUUAAUUCACUUUUAACGAAGAUUUGAGAAUGUCAACCAAAAUGUUUUCCUGAACAUACAGGGAACAUAUUAAUAUUGAAGUGGAAUUGAUGUUCAGAGUUGGCACAGAAGGCUAAAUGCCAGGUUGUCAGAAGCCAAGGUUGCUUCUCUAGUCGUUUUUUCCUUUUGUACUACACUACCAGUGUAUAUACGUUCAUGUAUAUAAAUAUAUAUAUGUGUAUAUAAUGUAGAUUUUACAAGAACUGUAAAUUGCGGUAAGAUACGACUAUCACAUUUGUCUGCUUUGUCUUCCUAUCAGCAUUUUUGUUUUAUAGAAAAUAGUCACUUAAGGUUGCUGCUCCUCUUCAUGCUUAUGACACAGAUCGGAACUACCACACCUAUGUUGGCAGGGUCACUAUUAGAACUAUGGACCUAUAUCAAGGCCUUUGCUGCCAACUCUGGGAUAUUGCCACUCCUAUCCUUACGUAUACAAUCCAUGUGAAAUAGGGAUUUGUAUCAACGGAUCUGUUCUGGAGAAGAUUCUACCAGGAUGCAAUAUAUGGCCAUAAGAACGAUCCUAUAUGCAAUAUGGUGUUGAAUAAUGAGCUAGGAAUGGAUGGACAAUAAUUGAAUAUGAUGGUGGCAAAAAUGGGAUCUGAUUGGAGCUGCUAUUCUAGAAAAAGGAUUCGGCUUAGAUCCAGAAGUAUUACUCAACAACUUAUGGUUUACAGGUCUUAUGAAGCAGUUGGUCAUGUUCAGAGAGUACUUAUUGGAGGUAACAUCACUCUGUAUUCUCAAUAGACCUAACUAUAAUCACAGGUCAAAUGGUAUUUAUGGUCUUACCUUAGUUUCAAAGACCCUGCAUCUGUAGGUAGUCCUGAAUAGUAGAGUCCACUGAGACAUGGUCAUAGUAAUGUGAAGAAAAUGCACCACUGCUUUUAUAAUUUUACUUCUCAAUACUUGAAACUUUAUUUAAUGCUUUUAGUCAAUAAGCGCCUUGAGGCCCAAAAGAGACCUAGGAGUUAAUCAGUUUUCCAGGAGCAAAAUAUGUUUUGCCGUGUUAGGUAGUGUUAGGCCUCUAGCCCACAAGGUUGAAGUAACUGUUUCAUUUGCCAUUAGCUGGGUUGCAUUUUUUUAUCACAGCUUUUAUGUUGUAUGUAGCAUUUAUUCAAAUAAUUGGUAUUUAUUGUGUGUUAGCCAAAAAUAAAAAGGAUAAGUAAAAAAAAAAUAUCAGAUUUUUCACAAUGAAAAGUGCCCUUUUAUCUCACUUAGUACUAUAGUUCAGCAGAGUAUUACGCACACAAGCAAGUGGUACUCUCAAUGAAGCCUAUUAGCUACACAGAAUUGGAGGUUAAUUGUUCUGCAUUGUCAUGCGUGCUUAUGUAUGAUGUGUGAGUGCUCAGAUGGAAAAAUGUUUUACAAGACUUUGUUUUUAAAGCCUUACUAAUACAGUGCAGGAUAUUGCCUUUCUGGUAGACAGCAGACGACUGUCCAAUAGGCCGUCUAUUCUUGGUAUUGCAGUCUAAAGUUGCGCCACGGGCAUACAUUUCUAGAAUGACUCUGCUGGAUUGAGUCAACCUCACUUUUGUGCUGUUCUCCUAACAGUGGCAUUGUUAAACUAAUGAAAGAAUUCUGAUAUUAGCUAGUUGCACUUGUAAAAAUAACUUCUCAGUAGGCUUCCCUACUAAGUAUGCUGUUUGUAUUUGGAAUAUGCUGGUUUGGGUGAUAAAAUACAUGGUUGGAAAAUUAUGAUGUGGAAUGUCUGCUUUUAUUAUAAAAAAAAGAGUAAUAUGGAUAGUGUUUGAAACAUGGUUGUUUUGAUGUUCUUCCAUUUUUGUUUGUGUGUGUUGCAUCGAUUUAUUUUAUUUGUAUACCUUCAAUAAGAAAAUGUAAAAAUAAAAAAAUAAAAUCUUGAUAACUAA